UACGUCUACCUCUCCUGUUGAUCCACAAUGGUUUCAGUAUUUGGUUGACGCUGUAUACUAUUGAACGAUUAGGUAAACGUCAUGUGUAGACACGAGGACGGGUACACGUGAGAGGAGACCUGACUUAAAACGCCCCUUAAACAAUUAAAUCCUGGCGUCGAUGACGAUAAUGGAUAAAAAAAGAUAAAUAAAUACAUAAAGAAUAACAAAAAAAUAAUAAUCAGACCCGGUUUAAGUCGUGUACGUGUCGGUUAUUGGUGAGAUCAAGUUUGUACAUUACUGUUUGCUACUUUCAAUGGUUGUGAAUUUUAUCAAGUAAUGUUUCACAGUAAAAAAAACUUGAUAGUUGCUUAAAGAUGGUUAAUGAAAUCACUUUUGUUUUAAGUUCAAAAAUGUUACUUGGUUUACAAAUAGCUAGUAGGUUUGUGUUUUAUCGAAUCUAAUGAAAAUCAAAACAGAUGGGACUUCGUAGUUCAUCACUUUCGAAAAAAAAUAACGAAUCGUUAACAUGGGUAUUGCACACAAAAAAUCCUUUUGUGGACAAUGGAAACAAGCAAUUAAAUAAAAUAAAUUCACUAAAUCUAGAAAUUCCUGAUUACCAAGAAAUUAACUACAAUGAUCAAAAAUCAUUAGUAAGACGAAGGUCGUACAAACAGUCAGAAAAGGUUUUAGACUGCAAAAAAACUGAACAUUCAUAUGGUUAUGGAAUAACGAACUUGGAUAAAUUCCUUUCAAGAUCAUCUAUUGACCACCCAGGUAAUAUACCAAUGGUGUUGUGUGCAAGUUGUCUAUUAUAUCAAACCCAACAUGAUGAUCAAUACCAAACCGAAGUCGCACUCCCUUUGGGAAUGGUCGUGAAUGCUGUAUUUAAGAAUACUGACUGGCUUUACGUACAAACCCCUCAUGCUGAAGAAGGAUAUGUUCCAUACAAGUGUUGCUUGCCAUUAAGUGUGAUACCUUCGCUAAUGGCUGACGAUAAAGUGCCUUGCUGGGAGACACAAUCGGAUGUGUUUCCACGUCCUGUAGGCGUUCGUAAAAAGUCUAUGAUAACAAAAGAUCAUCCUAAAAGAGAAUUCGAGUCAAAUAAAGCCAGGGAACUUAAUGGUCAAUCAUAUCAUGCUUCCACAAACAUUUUAUUAGUAGUCCGUCAAGAUUUUCAAGGUUCAUCAUUAAAUGGAACUCUGAGUGUAUCAAAAGGAGACAUCCUAACACUAGUCAAUGAUCAUAAAGAACCAUCUGGUUCACCAAGUGGAUGGUUUGUUGUUAAAAAUUCACAGAAUUUAAAAGGGUUAGUUCCUGCGUCAUUUGUUGGUUACGGUUAUUUAUAAUUUUUGUAAUUUACGAGUUAAUCUCAAUAACCAACAAAUAUCUACAAACACAAAAAAAUUACAUCUCCAGUGUCAUUUUUUGGUUUCUUAAUUUUAUUUAAUUUUAAUUCGUUUAAUGAUAUAAACAUAUUAGUUAACAUUUUUACUGAUAAAUAAAUAAAAUAAAUAUUAUUUUUGAUUGAUUUAUUAAACAUUAAUUCUUUUUUUUUGUCGUAAUUAUUUUUUAUUAUUUUUACGUGAUUAUCUUUAACGUUCUCUCAAAGAAUCUUUACUUGUAUUAGUGGGAACGGGAAAACUUGUAAGAUUUGGCGGUAUAGAUUCAACAUUAAUAUCUGAACGGCCAGUUAGGAGUUAAAACAAUAAUCAUAACUAUCACUAUAAUGAACACAUUUAAAUCUCUUGAGUUGAAAAAUAAUUAUAAUAACUUAUAAAGGUCACCUAUAGUUGAUUUCCCAAAAUACUGACAUAAGAGCUUAGAUCCUUAAAUAUUUAUGUAGUGUAACUUUUUUAGAAUAAUACCUCUUAUUUUUUCAUUAAAUAAUGUGUUUUUCAUAAAAAUGUACAAAUUCAAAUUUGAUUUAUUAUUAUAAUUUAUUAUUUUUAUUUUAAUAAAAUGUUGAGCACUGAUAACGAUAAUAUGUAUCUACUACUAAAACCCAAUUGAUUGUUAAAAUAUAAUUAUUUUAACAACUUUAUACAAUGUUAUACAUUGUAUAAAGAGGUGUCCUCAAUUUACCGACUUCAAAAUGCGAUGGUAUGUACACUUUGUUUUGUUCUAUGUAGUAAAUAUAAAAGUUAUAGUAAAUUUUGAAUGAUCUAGGUCAACCCCUUCAUAUUUCUCUAAUAGGUUGA